CAACAAGCAUCCCCUUGACCCAUCCGGGUCGUAGCCAUUUCUCCUCCCAUCUGUCAGCUCCUGCCUUGCCUUGUUCCAUCUUCCAUCCUUCCCAAUCAAUAUGGACAAAAAGUCCACACAGCCUGCAAAGGAUCUGGCACCGGAUGGUCGUUCGUCUAUCCAUGGGUUCACUCACCAUGCAGAGGAUAUCUUGCCCGAUAGGGAACCCUACGGCCCUCCAGGCAUUCGGGGUCUCAUUGCCAAUCCAUUCGUUCUCAUGUGUGCCGCUUGUUCGACACUGGGUGGUCUCACAUUUGGUUAUGAUCAAGGCGUAGUUUCAGUCAUCCUGGUCAUGGACCAAUUCCUGGAGCGUUUCCCCGAGGUUAACUCGGGCUUCUGGAAAGGUCUGAUGACAGCCAUGAUCGAACUAGGGGCAUUGAUCGGUGCUUUUAACCAAGGCUGGAUUGCGGACAAGAUCUCUCGGCGAUACUCGAUCAUUGUCGCGGUCUGCAUCUUCACGAUUGGGUCGGUACUGCAGACAGCUUCGGUGGACUAUGCCAUGUUGACAGUCGCCCGAUUGAUUGGCGGUGUGGGCAUUGGCAUGCUGUCCAUGGUUGCUCCAUUGUAUAUUUCGGAAAUCAGUCCACCUGAGUGUCGAGGUACUCUUCUGGUUAUGGAGGAACUGUUCAUCGUCCUUGGUAUCGUCAUUGCAUACUGGAUUACCUAUGGCACUAGGUACAUGGCUGGAGAAUGGGCAUGGCGCCUCCCUUUCCUGCUGCAGUUGAUCCCUGGGUUCAUUCUGGUGGCGGGUGUUAUCAUCCUGCCUUUCUCCCCAAGAUGGCUUGUUGCGAAAGGAAGGGAGGAGGAGGCUCUCCACAGUCUGUCCAGGUUGCGUCAAUUGCCAACGAACGAUAAGCGCGUUAGGCAAGAGCUUCUGGACAUCAAGGCGGAGGUCCGCUUUCACCAGCAACUAAAUGCAGAAAAGCACCCCAAUCUACAAGGCAGUGGAUUUAAGAAUGCGGUGCUGCUUGAUUUGGCAUGCUGGGCAGACUGUUUCAAGAAGGGUUGCUGGAGGAGGACACACAUCGGUAUCAUGAUGAUGUUCUUUCAACAGUUUGUUGGAAUCAAUGCUCUCAUAUAUUACGCACCCACGCUGUUUGAAACCAUGGGAUUGGACUACAGUAUGCAGUUGCUGAUGGCGGGUAUUGUGAAUGUGGGCCAGCUUGUGGGAGUGACUACGAGUAUUUCGACAAUGGACAAGUUCGGCCGACGGGCUCUGCUUCUAUGGGGUGUGGCUAUCAUGGCAACCUGCCACAUUAUCAUCGCCGUCUUGGUCGGACUCUACUCUGACAACUGGCCCGCACAUCGCGGACCUGGCUGGGCCAGUGUAGCCCUUUUACUCGUAUAUAUGAUCUCUUUUGGUGGCUCCUGGGGACCUGUAGGAUGGGCAUUGCCAGCUGAGGUCUUCCCAUCCUCUCUUCGUGCCAAGGGCGUAGCCCUCUCGACAUGCUCCAACUGGCUCAACAACUUUAUUAUUGGCCUGAUCACGCCACCCCUGAUCGAAGACACCGGCUAUGGAGCUUACGUCUUCUUCGCAGUAUUCUGUGUACUCGCCUUCGUGUGGACCUUCGUUUUCGUUCCUGAGACCAAGGGCAAGAGCCUGGAGCAAAUGGACGAAGUGUUCAAGGAUAACUCGAGCGAAGCAGAAAAGGCUCGCAGACGUGCAAUUGAGGCCGACUUGUUGAGAGAGGAAGAGCAGACCGUUCUUGGGGCUUAAGAUUUUCUCUGUACGGCUGCAUGGGUCUACUGGUAGACUCGAUGCGUUUUUAUUCUUUGUGUAUAUCAUGAUCAAUUAGUUAGGAUAACGAUUUAUGAAUGAUGUUGUAUUGCUUA